GCAGGCUGAUGAUCGAUGAUUCCCCUCUCCCGUUUCGCAUUCGGCCAUCGGCGGAACGCGAACGAGAGACGAGAGACGCAAUCAGUGAACCGAAGUUUAGUAUACGUGGUGGGCUGGCUGACGAGUCUGGUGCCGAAAUUCCGAGUCCUUUUCUCCGGUUUGCAAACUGAAAGGCUCGUUGGAUGCUGUAGGAGCGCACGACCAGGGCACCAGAGCGAGACCUUUGAUUUUUCGGACAGGAUGGACGCGAACACAGCUAUGAUCACCGGGGCCGGGACCGUGUUGUGCGGGCUGCUCGUGCUCAUCAUCUUCAUCUUCGGCUUCCGGGAGAAGACGUUCGAGGAGGCGUUGGACGAGCAGCGCAGACGUGGCGGCGCGCUCAUCGACCUCAUCGGCAGCGACAAGGCGCGCGUCAAGAAGCCCAAAAACAAGCCCAGCAAGAAGAAGGACAAGGAGGCCAAGUCCGAGUCGGCCGCCGCUGCCGCCCCAACCCCCGCAACCGCCCCCAACGAACUCAGCCACCCACACGUCGAGUUCAAGUUCCCCGAGGCCGAGGAGGUCGCCGCUCCGCAGCCUGAGGAGCCGAAGAAGAAGAAUAACCGCAAGAACAAGGUGAAGCCCAUCUUGCACAACCGCGAGGAGCACAGCCCUCUUGCCGAAGAGGAGCCCGUGCCCGCUAACCACUUUGAGGAAAUUCUUCCCAAGGACGAUGUCCUUCUUAAAAGAAGCAUUAGCAAGGAGGACGUGGAGGUGGUGGACGAGCCGGACGUGGCUGCCGAGGAGGAGGUGCCGCCGCCGCUGCCCCCGCGAAACAAGGCCAAAGUGAACGGCAAGGCGGGCAAAGUGGCCCUCAACACGGCGCCCAACGAGCCGCCCAGGCCGGGAAAAGUGUCCCUGAACGUGCAGGUGAGCGAAACGCCGGCCCCGGUCGUCCAGCCGCUGCCGCAGAGGGAGAAGAAGCAGAAGAAAAAGCCAGACCAGCAGCUGAUCAAUUCGGAAACAGUGACGCUGGGCGUGCUGCUUCCCCUCCUGCAGAAGGCCGAUCUGUCCGAGUCUGAGCACCAGCAGCUGGUAGACCAGUUGCUGAACCGCGGCUCGGUGGAGUGGGUGGGCGCCCGGCCCGACCCGAUGGCGCGCCUCAAGAAACAGCUGGCCGAGAAGGAGAAGGCGCUGGCCGAGGAGCAGCAGACCUCGCAGGGCGUGCACGCCAAGCUGGUCGAGCUGCGCUCCGAAAUCAACACCGAGCGCACCCGCCACUCCGCCAUGUACCGACAGCUCGAGGAGCAGCUGGCCGCCAAGAAACAGGCCAUCCAGCUCCUCAACUCGCAGCUGCAAAACACCUCAGAGUUGCAGAACAAAAACGCCCACGCCACCCAACUGCUGCAAAAUCAGCUGGCCGAAGAGCGGAAGAUUGUCCGUGCUCUCACAGAGGAGAAGAACGCGGCCCUGAAGAACCUCUCGGCUCAGGUCGAUGUCAAUAAGCUCACCCAAGCACACCAAGAGGAGGUUAGCCAGCUGCAGUCUCAGAUCGCAAGUGCUCAGGGCAACAUCGCCGACCUGGAAAAGCGGCUGCAGGUGAACCAGAACCUGCAGGACGAACUGAGAAACGAGCUGAACGCGUCAAAGCAACUGAUCCACUCGGAGCAGCACAGCAAACAGCUGCUGCAGGACGAACUCGCAGCUGUUAAAAACGACAUCGAGAAAAUUUCCCUUUCUGAACGAGAACUUGAGCAGAAGAUCAAACUGCUCGAGAACGAACUGAAGCUGAGCCAGGAAGAGGCUGUUCGAUUGAGAGCCGAAGCGGCGAAAGCAGCUGCCGUAAGCGUCGUGCCGGACUUUAGCGACAAGGUGAAGGAGCUCGAAGACAGAAUCGCUGGCAGGGUGCAAGAAAAGGACGCGCUGCUGGCGACACUGCAGUCGGAGGCGUCGCAGCACGCGAGCACGGUCGACCAGCUGAAGGAGGAACUCGAAGCUCAGAGACUGAAGAACAACGACUUGCGAUCGAAGAACUGGAAGGCCAUGGAGGCAGUCAAGGCUGCUGAGAAUAACUUUGAGGCCAAAAAGAAGGAGUGUGAAAGACUAACUAGAGAAGCUGUUUCAAAGAAGGCACAAGGCGAGGAGCAGGAUACUUUCCGCCAGUUGCUGCAAAGACUUUUCCCCUCCGUCACCUUGCCCGUUACCAAGGACCAAAGCGAGUGGGUGCGGGAGUUCGAAGCGGCCGCCGCGGAGCACCUGCGGGAGGCGAGCAGCGAGCAGGCGGCGGCGGCCGACGGCCAGACGAAAAUCAUGCUGGAGGACGUGGAGAGCCGGAACAAGCAGCUGCAGGCGCUGGUCACGCACUACAAGAGCAUCAUCGAGGAGACGGAGGGCAUGCUCAACAAGCUGGAGAAGCACGUGGAGCAGGAGGAGACGCGCUGGCGGACGCAGCUCCAGCUCAAGCAGGACGAACUGGACGCCGUCCAAAGCAAGCUCGACGCCAACGCGCAGAACGAGUCUAGAUUAAAGGAGGCUGACGACAAGCUCAGCACCGCCCAAGACGCCCAAGCCGCUGCCCAGAAACAGGUCAGCGAGCUGCAGGCCCGUCUCGGCAAGCUCAGCGACGACCUUUCCUCUGCUAAAAAGUCCCAAGAGGAAAACGAGGCGUUAACGAAACAGCUGUCGAACGAAAGGAGUCGAAGCCAGCAGCUUGAGCAGCAGAUUAAAGAGCUUGACGCUAAACUUGGAUUAGCACAAUCUAAUCAUAUAGAGAAUAAACCUAAGGACGCAACUUUAAAUUCAAAUACGAACGGCCCGUCGCUGGAGGCCUCCAUAUCCGAGCAUAGGCCUGUUAAGCGGCGAAGGUUCACAGAGUGGUUCCGGCGAAAAAUGAGCUACCGAAAGCGACGCAGCGUUUCUUCUGCUCCAUGAGCCCGGACUACGCGACAAAUAAUUGGACAAGCUGUGCGUGCAUGUGCAAAUAUAUUUCCGUCACCGAAUAACAAAUAAAUAGCAAGAAUAAUUGGCUGCAAUACACACAUCAUAUAUGCGUAUAUUUUGUUGUCGCCGAGAAUCAAUUUUCUCGACAUGCAUUUCUGUUUAAAAACAAACAAACAAACAAACGAAAAGGUAAAAAGUGGAAACUUGGUGUCUGGGUCGAAGGAAAUUAAACAAAUAACUAGCAUUGAAAUUUUAUUAGGCAUGUGUAGUUUUACGUCUAUAUAUGUUCCAUUACUAUUACGUUAAUUGUGUCACACACACACACACCCGCCGCGUGUCAGAUGAAGCACUGAUUUCAUUCUUUGAUGAGUUUUUUUUUCAUAUAUGCAGAGAGCAAAGGCACAAACGAGGAGAAGAGAAAAAUAUGUAAAACUAAUGGAUAUAUAAAUAUAAAAAUUUAUGGUAGCAGUCGAAAUCGGUGUUGCUGUACUUAUGGCCUACAUAAGAGACGUGACUGACCCAGUGUUGCGCACUGCUGCUGUGUGAUGGUGAUCAUGAUUCAAUCUACAUGUUGUGUCAUUUGGACGGGCAAUUGUUUUAAUACUAAAUUUGUAAUAAAUAAACGGGAUACCGACCUCAAAAGAA